UCCUAAGAAGAAACUGAAUGUCCACAAUGAAACUUAUCUAAAAUAAACAUUCUUAGGACUGAUAAUUGUCAAUUCACUUUAGGGCUACUGAUAUAUGACACUGAUUAUUAAGUCUGCUAUUAAAUUUUGGAAUGUGCAUUCUACUUAUAAAUUAUUGUUACAGAAAAAUUCCAAAUUGUGUUCCCCAACCUUUUCUGUGGCAACAAUAACUUCUCCAUCAUACUUUUAUAAUGAAACAGAAAAUCUGUUUGUAGUCAAUGAGUAGACAAAGCAACUUUGCCCCAAUCCAGUGUCUGACAUCAUGUAGCUUGCUCAACCCUGCUUCUGAUGGGCACAUGGACAUUUGCAGAGAGGCAAAACAUCUCAGCCACUAUUUUCCUGUGGUGGUGAUUUAUUCUGUGGAAAAAUAUUCAGAAGCUGCAAGAUCUUGAGUUGUGCAAUCCCAUGUUUUCAAGAACAUUCCAUUUACUGUAAAUAUGAUAAGUGCGUAAUACUCACUUGUCAUUUGUACACAUUUGUAUUCAAUGCGUGAAAGAAGAAUACAUAAGAGUUCCUGCCUGAAGAUUUUUAGUGCUGCCUCAAGUAUUCCAAAGGGCACAAAAAUAAGGGAGCAAAGAAAGAUCUAUAUACAAAGCUGGUAUAUCUAUUAAUCCUAGCAGCCCAGGUAUUUCUCAGUUGGUUAUGGUUUAGAUUAUUGGUAUUUUUUCCCCUGGGAAUCAGUGCUGAUUGAGAAGGGAGCCAAAUAAUCACUGGCACUUGUUUUCUGCCUCCUUAAACAAAAGAUUUCUACCAAGCAAAGCUUUCAUGAAGCUGGACAUCUGUCGUUCUUUAGGCACUGUGUGUGUGAGAUCUGGCCAUUGAUAAGUAGUGACCUGUCAGCCUUGAUUGAUGGUCACAAGCCUCUGGCCUCAACCCCUUCUGUGGGAAAAGGAGACCAGCUAAGCAAUUCCCUCAUUCACAUGCUAAUAUCCAGCUAUAAAUGCUAGCAGAGUGCAGCUCUCAUGACAGAGAAUGCUCCAGAAGACAACAGGAGAAGCCAGUUGCUAUAGGGCUUUCUCCCUUUUCUCCCCUAAGCCUUCAGGCAGGCGUGCAGGACUACAAUGACAGCUACAACCCUAGCCAGUAGUGGACAGAAACUUUCUAAUACCAAAGAGGAAAGGAAGUUAAGAAAACCUUUGAUUGAAAGGAAGCGAAGAGAGAGGAUUAACAAUUGUUUGGACCAGCUCAAGGAAACAGUCGUUGGAGCCUUUCGGCUUGAUCAGUCAAAACUUGAAAAAGCAGAUAUCUUGGAAAUGACAGUAAAACAUCUCCAGAAUAUACAACACAACAGAAAUAUAGAUUCUAAAAUGGGUCUUGAAGCUCAGCAGAGGUACAGCACUGGAUAUAUUCAGUGCAUGCAUGAAGUCCACAACCUCCUCCUGACUUGUGACUGGAUGGACAAGACUCUUGGAGCACGAUUAUUGAACCACCUAUUGAAAUCCUUGCCCAAAUCCAAUGAGGAGACUUGCAAGGAGAAUCCGAACCCUUCCACUCCAGUCAAUGGCAAUGGAAAUACAACAGGCUCUAGCCAAUCUCAGGAUGAGAUGUAUCCAACUGAAGUCAAACUGGGACAGAAAAAGUCAUUUCAGCCACAACCAUCAUCCCGAUGUAAUCAGCAUGAAUUGCCGCAUCCCAGGGCGAUUUUGCAACCUCAUUUUGCACAUAAUGGUGUUAACGUGGGGUCACUGGAUAUGUGGAGACCGUGGUAAAAAUAUGUUGGGGGAAAAUCCUUUCUAAUUUUAGACCCUCUUUUAUAUGUAUCUUAUAGAUAUGUCUCUUUAAAACACUUUUUGGAGCAUGUCUGCUCCAGUAGGUGUACCAGGGUACUUCAAGCCGGAAGAAAUCUCUAUGUAGCCUGCAUUGUAGAAGGCUGCUAUUAUAUUGUAUUUAUUGAAUACAUCUAAAUUAUUUUACAGAAUCUUCUCUGUGGCUGCUUAGUACACAUGUUGUUGCAUUUCUGUUAAUCAAAUGGAUGCUUAACAUAAAAGAGUGCUACCAGACUAUUCAUAUACAGGUAGUCUUCAAUUCCUUUUCUUAUGUUAUUAAAAUUAACGAAGGAUUAAUAAAAAUAGAAACAAAUAAAAGUCAU